UAAGUCGAGUAAAUGACGUCAUAGAUAAAAUAAAAAGUUUUUUUUCCCGGUCUGGCAACAGAUCAAAUAGAAUCAAAAGUUUAGUUUCCUGGUUUGGCAACAAAAAAUUUAUUUACGAAUUUAGGAUUUGGAAGGAGACCGUCGCAAUUUUUUCCAACAUACUAAAUUUCGUAAAUAUACUUAUUAUUACUCAUUGCACUUAAUCUUUAUUUCUUUUUACAGGUUAUUUGAUUGUUUUUUGCAUUUGUAUUUGUAGUUUUAGUAAUUUAAAGUAGUAUUUUAGACUUUUAUAUGCUCCUGUUAGUUAAGGACUUGAGAAUUCUUUGGAACAUUUAACUUUUGUGAUAUAUUUGAUAUUUUCUUCGUAUUUUUUUAAAGAUCUAUUCAUUCGUAUUAUAUAUUUGUGUUUUUGUUGCUUGAAAAAUUUCAUUUGCGUUUUUUGUUUUUGACAUUUUACUGUGUGUGGUAACAACUAUCGUUUUAAGGCGAUCGAAUGUUCUUUUUGUAGAUGUAUUAGUUAAUUUUUGCUUUUAAAUUUCAGAAUUGAUUUCAUAACUUUUUAAUUUAUCUUUGCAUUUAUACUUUUAUUUAUUUUGCGUUUAUAAUUUUCAUUUUCUUUUUUAUGUGAGUUGUGCGAUAAAAACUAUCGUUUGAAGGCGAUCGAAUGUUCUUUUUUUAGAUGUAUUAGUUCAUUUUUGCUUUUAAAAUUCAGAAUUGAUUUCAUAACUUUUUAAUUUAUAUUUGCAUUUUUACUUUUAUUUAUUUUGUGUUUGUAAUUUUCAUUUUCUUUUUAUGUGCAUUGUUUUCAGAUUAGCUGAAAUAUUAGAAAUAUUUUCAAAAUUGUUAAGUGUGCUUAGAAUUUUCAUAGUAUUUUACCUAUAUUAUUUGUUAUUUACCAGCAAUUUUGUAAUCGGCAAGUUUUGGUUUUACAUUUUUGAUUUUUUAAAAUUAAUUAGCUCUUGAGCGUAUAAUUUUUCAUUUAGUGUGGGAUUAUUAUAAAAUUUGUGUUGUGUACAUUUAGAUUGCAUUAAUUUAUUUUCAGGAGUAUUGUUUUAACUAGCAAGUUUAUUCUUUCAUCUUUUACGUUCGGUUAUUACUUUUUUAGUUCAGUUAUUGCUUUAGUAGAGUAGUAUUUUUUUUUAACGUACUGAAAUGCCGAAACGGAAAAGAGGCAUUACGGGAGAAGCAUUGAGACGGCGAAGAGCUGAAGCACAAAGGUUACGGCGAGCUGCAGAAAAUGAAGAAGAAACUGCUACAAGACUGAGCACGCAAGCAGAGCGUCAAGCAAACCUACGUGCUCAAGAAACGAAAGAAGAAACUGUUACGAGACUCAGCAGGAAAGCGCAACGACAAGACAACUUGCGUGCUGAAGAAAGUGAAGGAGAAACCAGUAGGAGAUUAAGCAUGCAAUCAGAACGUCAAGCAAACCUACGCGCUCAAGAAACCGAAGAAGAAACGAGUAGGAGACUAAGCAGGGAAGCGGAAAGACAAGAAAACUUACAUGCUCGGGAAAGCGAAGAAGAAACCAACAGGAGGCGCAGACUGGACUCUCAUCGUCAUCGUCAAGUUCGCGCGGAAGAAUCGGAAGAGGAUGCUGCUACUCGAAGAACACGAGAUGCUGCACGUCACAGACAAGUCCUAUCCGAAGAAACCAUGUCAGUACGAGAAGACAGACUACGUACAAAUGCAGCACAACGUUCGCGUAGCACUCUGCACAGUGCAGGAAGAUGUGGACUCGAAGUUUCCGUUGAGCAGCACAGCGCCGGUUCAAUGGAAGCUUCCUGCGAUCUCUGCAACGGAUUGUUCUUUACGGGAGAAAGGAAUGCAAGAGGAAGAUACAUGCACUGCUGUAACAACGGGAAAAUUGUCGAAGCUGAAAGAAGAUAUCCAGAAGUUGGCGCAAUUUAAUGAAUGGGAACCACCCAUUUUCUGAAGAGUUUUUUGCCAACAUACGCACUUACAACUGCCUGCUCAGUUUUGCUUCAUUGGGUGCCAAUAUAGAAAUGCCUUCGGGUUCGGGUCCCUACUGCUUCAGGAUUCACGGUGCCAUAUAUCAUCGAACGAGCCA